GUCAAUAUAUGAAGCACCCCGAGUGAACCAUCAGAAGGUCAAAAUCGUCAUUCCCGAUAUUUCAUUUUCAUCGUAGUCUUCGUUGGCGAACUUCCAUUCUGUCAUCUCUCUCUCUCUCUCUCUCUCUCUCGAUCUAAUCCAGCCAAAGCACAGACCCAAGGAAUCAAACUCAGACUCAACGCCACCGUCUCUGUGUGUGUCUCUCUGACUCUCUCGCUCACUCUGGCCAGAGAUGAAAGAAAGUAGAAAUGAAAUGAAGAAUGAUAGAACUUCAAAAUCUUCAUCAGUUAGCUCCCUUCCACUCAUUCUCGACGUAGAUGACUUUAAGGGUGAUUUUUCAUUUGACGCGUUGUUUGGGAACUUGGUGAAUGAGCUUCUUCCGUCGUUUCAAGACGAAGAAGCGGAUUCAUCGGAAGGAGGGGGGCAUGGUGUAAACGAUGGGUUGUCGAAUGGACAUUUGCGAGGUGUGGCCGCCGCACCUUUGUUUCCAGAAGUUGAUAAGCUCUUAGCUUUGUUCAAUGAUUCUCAUAAGGAGUUGGUUGAUCUUCGAAAGCAGAUUGAUGGAAGACUGUACAAUCUCAAGAAGGAGGUGUCUAUUCAAGAUUCUAAGCACCGCAAGACACUUGCCGAGCUGGAAAAAGGUGUGGAUGGGCUGUUUGGUAGCUUUGCGAGGUUGGAUUCACGUAUUUCAAGUGUAGGACAGACUGCUGCCAAGAUAGGAGAUCAUUUGCAGAGUGCAGACGCUCAGCGAGAAACUGCUAGUCAAACAAUAGAGCUGAUAAAGUACUUGAUGGAGUUCAAUAGCAGCCCGGGAGACCUAAUGGAACUUUCACCUCUAUUUUCUGAUGACAGCCGUGUUGCUGAGGCUGCUUCAAUUGCACAAAAAUUGCGGUCUUUUGCUGAGGAGGAUAUUGGAAGACAAGGCAUAGGUGCAGCAUCAGUUAUGGGAAAUGCAGCUGCUAGCAGAGGAUUGGAAGUUGCGGUUGCUAAUCUGCAGGAUUAUUGUAAUGAACUGGAAAACAGAUUGCUUGCUAGGUUUGAUGCAGCAUCACAGAAAAGAGAAUUGUCUACAAUGGCAGAAUGUGCUAAAAUUUUAUCUCAGUUUAAUAGGGGUACUAGUGCCAUGCAACAUUAUGUGGCAACACGUCCAAUGUUUAUUGAUGUGGAAGUCAUGAAUGCAGACACAAGAUCAGUUCUUGGUGACCAGGGUGCACAAGCUAGUCCCAGCAAUGUUGCUCGUGGCCUUUCUUCAUUGUACAAAGAAAUUACAGAUACUGUGCGUAAAGAAGCAGCAACAAUUAUGGCUGUAUUCCCUUCUCCCAAUGAAGUUAUGGCAAUUCUAGUUCAGCGAGUUUUGGAGCAGCGAGUGACAGCUCUCCUUGACAAAUUAUUAGUGAAGCCAUCUCUUGUGAAUCUACCUCCUAUGGAAGAGGGUGGACUUCUAUUAUAUCUAAGAAUGGUAGCAGUGGCAUAUGAGAAGACACAAGAACUAGCUAGAGACUUACGAGCUGUUGGAUGUGGUGACUUGGAUGUUGAGGGCCUCACAGAGUCUCUCUUUUCUGCUCACAAGGAUGAAUAUCCUGAACAUGAGCAGGCCUCUCUUAGACAACUAUAUCAAGCCAAGAUGGAAGAAUUGCGUGCUGAAAAUCAGCAGAUCUCUGAUUCAACUGGGACAAUUGGGCGCUCAAGAGGAGCUGCAGUAGCAUCUUCUCAUCAGCAAAUAUCUGUCACUGUUGUCACAGAGUUUGUGCGCUGGAAUGAAGAAGCAAUUUCUAGAUGCACUUUAUUUUCAUCUCAGCCCGCUACCCUUGCAACCAAUGUAAAAGCGGUUUUCACUUGCCUGCUAGACCAAGUUAGUCAAUACAUAACUGAAGGGCUGGAACGGGCUAGAGACAGCCUGACUGAAGCUGCUAAUUUGAGGGAAAAGUUUGUGCUGGGCUCAAAUCUUAGUAGAAGGGUGGCUGCUGCUGCUGCAUCGGCUGCAGAAGCUGCUGCUGCUGCUGGCGAAAGCAGUUUCAGAUCUUUCAUGGUUGCUGUACAGCGUUGUGGUAGUAGCGUGGCUAUAGUUCAGCAAUAUUUUGCAAAUUCUAUUUCUCGGCUUUUACUGCCCGUAGAUGGUGCACAUGCUGCUUCAUGUGAAGAAAUGGCAACUGCUAUGUCCAGUGCAGAGACUGCUGCUUAUAAAGGGCUUCAACAGUGCAUUGAAACUGUGAUGGCUGAGGUGGAGCGGUUACUUUCAGCUGAACAAAAGGCAGCGGAUUAUCGAUCUCCUGAUGAUGGAAUUGCUCCUGAUCAUCGACCAACAAAUGCCUGCACGAGAGUUGUAGCAUAUCUUUCCCGUGUGCUUGAGUCUGCGUUCACUGCACUGGAAGGUCUUAACAAACAAGCAUUCCUGACUGAAUUGGGAAACCGCUUGCAUAAAGGGCUGCUUAAUCAUUGGCAGAAGUUCACUUUUAAUCCCAGUGGCGGACUGCGGCUGAAGCGUGACAUAACUGAGUAUGGAGAAUUUGUGCGCAGUUUCAAUGCUCCUUCUGUUGAUGAAAAAUUUGAAUUGCUGGGCAUCAUGGCAAAUGUCUUUAUUGUUGCUCCUGAAAGCCUCUCGACUCUAUUUGAGGGUACCCCCAGUAUCCGAAAAGAUGCACAAAGGUUUAUUCAGCUUAGAGAAGACUACAAGAGUGCAAAACUCGCAGCCAGACUUAGUUCCUUGUGGCCAAGCUUGAGUUGAUAUGGAAGUGGAAUGCUGAUUUAAAUUUGACUUUGAGAUUUCUUGAAUAGUUCAUAGCAAGCUGUUACUAAGCUGUGGGGACCGACUCCUCAAGUUGAAUUAAUUUGGUGGCACCUGAACCAGGAUUAAAUUAAUGGCCAGGCUGAUGAGCUCAUCUUUGGACAGAAAAUUCAGUACAAUAGAUUUUUUUUUCUUAUUAUUUAAAUUUCUUUCUUUCUUGGAGUGUAUAUUUUUUGAAGGUAUGGAUAGGAUGAGCAAUAGGCUUGUGUUCAUUUAAGAAAUUAACUUAUGUUAGGUUCAAUAGCUCUUGUUUGUGUGUCGAGGAAAUUCAUGUCCCGGUGUGCGCCCUUGUAAAUGAUACUUUUGGGUAUGAAUAAUGACAAAGUUGAUUUUGUUGCA